UCUUCCUUCAUCUUUAUCACCGUUUGAUAUCAGCAGCGAAUUCAGCGUUUUGUUGAAAUCGUCGCGCAUUGAAAUCUCCAUUGAAUCAGUUAGUCAGUCGCUAAGCAAAAGGCCAAGUUAAUAGUAGUAGACAAUCGUCAGCGCGCGCCCUACGGUUUCUGUUUGCUACUUCGCGUUUGUCGACGAGAUUCUUGGCACUCGUUGUGUGCUGUGUGUAACGUGUAAUAAACGCGCGGGCGUGCGCCUUCUUCGCUUUUCGGUUUUGGCUUGUUUUUCUUUUUAUUUUGACAUACAAGAGCAAAAUGUUAAUCAAUAGCUGAUCUGUUUGCUGAUUAAGAUUGAAGUGACGACAAAUUCGCAUUGCUAUAAAAUUAUACGAAAAGACAUAAAAAUUAAAAGAAAUUUAAUAAAAAAAAUAAAAAAUAUGUAUCUCAUAUAAAAAAAAUUUAGAAACAACAAAAAAAAUAUUCUAAAAGCAAAAUAAAAAACAGAAUACUCAAAAUGUUUAUAAAAUAUGCAUGCUUCUACAAUUGCUGCCAAACAUGUAUACACAUACACACCCAUAUAUACAAACAAACAGCAGUGUGCUAACAAAAACAGGAAUAUUAAUAUUCAUGCAUUAUCACUAAAUUAACGAAUUUGUGUGCCAUCAUCAACUCAAGUGUUUUUGUUAAGAUAAUUUCACUAUCAACUCAACAACAACAACGCGCAUAGUUUUUAAUACAUUUUUUCGUGGAAAACCCAAAAAGUGCUCAUCAUUUACGAGUACACAUCCUUAUCGCGCCUGAAAAUCUACGUUAAGUAGGAGACAUUUGACACUUCUUGCCACUCAUUUGACACUUUCGAUUGGUGUACAAAUAUCGAAUAGUGUCUAAACACACAUACAUACGCACGUAAAAGUGUGCUGCAUAUUUUUUAAUUUAAACUAAUUUAUUGUAAAAGCGGUGCGCUGCAGGCACCACACUUAGCAUGAAGUUGUCAAAGAGUUUGGAUGAGCUAAUUCUGAGCGCAUCGCGUCUAAGUCUGAAUAAUUUACGUUCGCCGACUCGUAAGAAAACGAAAAAUCAUCUCAAUCGCUACGGAGAUUCUAUGGGUUCACUAGCACAUCGAGCGCUCCUACAAUAUGUGGAAAAUAAUGACCUAUCCGGUUUGCGCGCUAUCUUAGAUAGUCGGCAUUUAUCCGUCGAUGAUCGUGAUGAGAAUGGCACCACUGGACUUAUGGUUGUUGCUGGACGUGGCUUAACUGUUUUUGUGCGCGAAUUCUUGGCACGCGGCGCAGAUGUCCAAGCGGAGGACAAUGACAACUGGACGGCACUUAUAUGCGCGGCCAAAAAUGGUCACUUCGAUAUCGUUCAAGUGCUCAUCGAUCACGGCGCCGAUAUUGAGCAUCGUGAUAUGGGCGGUUGGACGGCAUUAAUGUGGGCCGCUUACCGUGGCCACACCGAUCUGGUGCGUUUCUUGCUCGAGAAAGGCGCGGACGUGAAUGUACAUGGCAAUUAUCAUUUGGGCCCACUGCUGUGGGCAGCAGGUCGUGGCUUCAGAGAUAUUGUGGAAUUGCUGGUGCAACGCGGUGCUAAGGUCAAUGUCGGCGACAAGUAUGGCACAACAGCGUUGGUGUGGGCGUGCCGCAAAGGCAAUGCUGAGAUUGUCGAUACGCUACUAAAGGCCGGUGCUAAUGUCGACACAGCGGGCAUGUAUUCGUGGACGCCACUGCUGGUAGCCACCUCAGGCGGACAUACAGACUGUGUUACCUCGCUGCUGGAGAAGAAACCCAAUGUUAAUGCGCUGGAUAAGGAUGGCAUGACCGCGUUGGCGAUUGCGAGUCGUGAGGGCUUCCAGGAAAUAUGCGCGGCUCUUAUCGCCGCUGGCGCCUACAUCAACAUACAAGAUCGUGCCGGCGACACGCCCCUCAUACAUGCCGUCAAGGGUGGUCAUCGCGGCGUUGUUGAAGCGCUGCUUAAGAAGCAUGCUGAUGUCGAUAUACAAGGCAAGGAUCGAAAAACCGCUAUAUACACCGCGGUGGAGAAGGGUCACACGCAUAUCGUAAAGAUACUAUUGUCCACCAAUCCCGAUCUUGAGGCGGCGACUAAAGACGGUGAUACCGCGCUGCUGCGCGCCGUGCGCAAUCGUAAUCUGGAAAUGGUGCAAAUGCUGUUGGAUCGCAAGGCAAAGGUGACGGCGAGCGAUAAGCGCGGUGACACCUGCUUGCACAUUGCAAUGCGCGCGCGUUCCAAAGCGAUUGUGGAGGCAUUGCUGCGCAACCCCAAAAAUAGUCAGCUCUUGUACAGAGCCAAUAAAGCCGGUGAGACGCCAUACAAUAUCGAUACCAUACAUCAAAAGACCAUACUGGGACAGGUGUUUGGCGCGCGUCGUCUCAAUACGAAUGAAGAUUCGGAAGGCAUGCUCGGCUAUGAAUUGUACUCUUCCGCUUUGGCUGAUGUAUUGAGUGAACCCACGCUAACCACACCCAUUACGGUCGGUUUGUACGCCAAAUGGGGUAGCGGUAAAAGCUUUCUGCUCAACAAACUGCGCGAUGAGAUGAAUAAUUUCGCGCGCCAGUGGGCGGAACCGCCCAUCAAUACGAGUGGCUUGAUGUUCCUGGUAAAUCUGCACAUUGCGCUAGUGCUAGGCACCGUAGUCGGCAUGUCUUCUUGGUCUGCCAUGUGGGGCGGUAUAGCGGCAGUGCUUUAUUUAGUGUUCACAUACCUCCUGCUUGCCAGUAUUAAUUAUGCCAACAACCAUAUGGACGCCUACUGGGCCUAUUCGGUGCAACAUGGCAUUAUGAAGCGCUUCGGUCGUCUACGUCUCAUAUUACAGGUGGCAUUCUGUCAUCCGCCCGGCGCGCAGGCGGACGCCCAAGCGAAGCCGGUGCGUUUUCACUUUGCUGAGGCGAGCAGCGCGUCGCCUACGGGCGAGAGUGCGGUUACACAUAUGUUGGCUGCGCUCUAUGAAGCCAUCGAAUCGCACUAUGGUUGGCUGUCGACACGCUUGUAUCGCGCGUUUCGUCCCAAGGCGUUGAAAGUGACAUCCGGUUGGCGUUGGCGUCGCAUGUGUUGCAUGCCACUUGUGAUCAUUUUCGAGUUAUGUCUGUUAACACUUAUUACGGGUAUCUCGCUCGUGGUGGCGUACUUCACGUACGCUUCGGCCGAGGAAAAAGAAAGUAUACUCGUUUCGAUUUAUGUAAUUUGCGCGAUAUUAGUGACUAUUAUCUGCACGAAUUUACACGGACUGGCGAAGGCAUUCGGUUCGCUAUUCAUUUCACAAGGACGCCAUUUGCGUCGUUCGGUGCGUCUUAAUGAGGGCGCGCCACUGACUGCAAUGGGCGCCGAGGUGGCGCUCAUGACCGAUAUGGUGAAGUGUCUGGAUGCUUUUACGAAUCAGCAAAGCCGUCUUGUGGGCGUGGUGGACGCAUUGGACUCAUGUGAUACGGAGCGCAUUCUCUGCGUGCUCAACGCCAUACAAACGCUGCUCUCCUCACCGAAUCGUCCAUUUGUUCUGCUCAUCGCUGUUGAUCCGCAUGUGAUUGCCAAAGCAGCAGAGGCUAAUAGCAGACGUCUCUUCACCGAAGGUGGCAUUGGUGGCCACGAUUUCUUGCGCAAUCUGGUGCACUUGCCGGUGUACUUGCAGAAUUCUGGUUUGCGUAAGGUGCAACGCGCUCAAAUGACCGCUAUGCUCUUCAAACGCAACUACAGUGAAUUCCCCAACGAGGAUGGUCCGACGCUGGGACAUUCGGUGUCGGCGCGUCGCUUGUCCAAUGCAUCGGAAAUAAUGUCCAGUCAAGAAAAAUUGCGCACCUCCCAUAAUCCCGGGCGCAGCGGCAAGAAGAUGCGUCUCUCCGAGUCGGUGGCCAGUUCGAUUGGCUCGAAUUUGCAUCGUUUGGGUCAGAAUCCGCAGGGCGUGCUCGAUCUAUCGCGCAUCAUGUUAACCGAUGACUACUUCAGUGAUGUGAAUCCGCGCAGCAUGCGGCGUCUCAUGAAUGUCAUCUACAUAACCGUGCGUCUACUGAAAGCAUUCCAAAUAGACUUUAGUUGGUAUCGUUUAAGUUCUUGGAUCAAUUUAACGGAGCAGUGGCCGCUGCGUGCCAGCAUGAUUGUGCUGCAGCACGACAACUUCAUGGACUCAUACGACGAUAAUGUGUCACUGCAAGCAGUCUAUGAAAAAGUACGUCCGAAAAUCGCUUGCCUACGCGAGGCCGCACCGCUGCUCGAGCUCGAUCGCGAUGAACGCAAAUUGGAUGCUUUCUUGCAGUUGCAUAAAUCGGAUUUGUUAGUGGCGGAUUUGCGCAUAUUUCUGCCUUUCACUAUCAAUCUCGAUCCAUAUUUGAGAAAAGUUUUGAAAGAGGACCAACAAUCGAUCGAAGAUGAAGGCACGCUAAUGCUACAGAAUAAGCCGAGCAUUAAUCCUGCCGUACGCAUACCCCCACCAACACCGACGUAUGUGCCUUCGCCCGCUGCUUAUCCGCCAUAUCAAUUAUUCCACAACGACUAUGAGUUGAGACAUCGAAAUGCCAGUAUAAAUUCGGAGCCGGCUAUGACGCCGCUAAUCGGCUCGCCAAGUGAUUCGUUUGGUGAUGACGUGCUGCAGACAAAACUAUCCGACUUAACGGUGGAAGGUGUCAUCAGCUUGCUGGAGCGCGUCGAUGACUUGCGUCCCGCUUUGCCGAAAUUAUCACCUAUUCUCAAAGAGAAUGCCAUAAACGGACGCGUAUUGAAAUAUUGCGAUACUAACGAUCUGAAAGGGGUGCUCGGUCUUAAUUUUGGCCACUGGGAAUUAUUUAGAUUACUUAUAAACACAUUGCGAGACUGUGAAAAAUUGCAACGUAAAUUCAAGCCAACACCGGCGAUAGCCGAUGUGCCAGCUUCAAACACGACAGCGCCAAAAGACAGCACAGACACGCAUACGCUGGCGCCGAGUCAACCGCAUUCGCGCAAAAACUCAACCACGAGUCAUAUGGAAAAGCAGGUCACGCUGGAGGAGCAAAUGAUUUGCGGCGCUUUGCAAACCCUCAACGAGGAGGCCUUCGAGGAUGUGGCGAGCAGUGAGCGACCCAGCCCAUCGGGUUUGCCUACAGGUGAGAUGUUAGCUGCAGCUGCACAACUGCAAUUAGCGCCCAUACGCGAGUCAUCGGAAUUCGGUUCACCGUCCGAUGACCUCAAAUUUAAUCACUUCCUACAGUAUGCCAACAAUAACAACUACGGCAAUUUUCAUACACAACAACAUAAUCACAGCGACAGCACGCAUUCGCUGCAAAGUAUCGGUAUUGGUGGUGGUGGUGGUGGUGUUAGUGUUGGUGUUGUUGGUAAUAACACUAUCCAUAUGGGUAAUGGAGGCACUGGCGUUUUUAAUAGUGGUAAUAUUGGUGGUGGCGACAUGUAUAAGUUGCGUCAUAGUAUUGUUGGUGAUGCCAGCACCCAAGCUGCCGUACAAUUGUUGGCUAAUCAACAACAACAACAACAUCAGUUAACAGCUGGUGGUCAUGGUCAUCAUCGCAAUCAGCGCCAUCACUCGGUAGGUGAUGAUUUGCUCUAUGAAUCCCUAAUGCCUCAACAACAACAACAACUGCGUUCGCCUAUACAACAACAGCAGCAGCAACAACAACAACGCAAUACAGUACCAACAGUUGUUGUCAUACCAAAUACAAAUGGUGAUCACGAUAUCAGCGAUACGCCUCUAUAGUAAAGCAAGGCGUUAGAUUUCGAAAAAUAUUUAUUUUCGAAUUGUCGGAACAUUCUUUUAGUAACUAUGCAAUAUUACGUUGCCAGUAACAAAUGCAAUUAUCUAAACUAGUACAUACACGUAUACAUAUAUUGUAUUGUGGUUAUCGGUCACAAACCCUCCCAGAACUGCACCACUAACAGCACACAUAUUGUUGGCACAGUACCGUACACACACAUAUACACGUACACUCACAGGCACUUGAAGUAUUAACAAAUUUGUGUUAUCAUAAUUGUUUAUGGAGUACGUUUGCUGGUUACAGCGUCACGGUAUGCACUCAGAGCCCGAGAACUUUUAGAUUUAAUCCAAUCUAGUCGAGUUAUAUAAGAAAUGCAGUUUGGAGCGCAAUUCAGCGCAGUAUUAAGCGCCCACUUUGUGUAUUAACCGCUUUAGUUUCGAUUUUUUGACAAAAUAUUAAAUAAAUUUUAAAUACAUUUGACAAAAUUCAUAGCUGAAUUUACCUAGCCAGAGAAUAUAUACAAGUAUAUAUUUUUUUAUUAUAUUUCAUUUGAAAAAAAAAAACAACAAGAAAGUUUUUAAAAACACGUUAAGUCAUAUACAUAAAUUUAAAAAAAAAUCGAUGUGGAAAUAAUGGAACUGAAUAUACUGGACGUCUUUAGUUUCGAAAAUAAUGUUUUGAACUGACCUUUUAAAAAACCAUCAUUAGGUUUCAAAAUUUUUGUUUUUUAAAGAACCAAACAUAAAAUAAUUUAUUACAAAAGCUUUUAAGAAAUAUUCGGAUUUUUAGAAAAUUUGUUUUCAAACAUAAAAUCACAUUAAAUAUAAAGGGUGAUCCAUUUCGAGGUUCCCUCAAUUUUUUAAUGAAAAACAAAAAACUUCAAAUUAAUGCGUAAUGUUUAUUAAUAUUCGAAAGAACAUUCUUUGGCAUUUAUUUUUUGAAGAUUAUUCUCUUUCAAAUGUUGGCUGUGGCUAGGUCUCAGAUGGUCCAUCCGGUGAGUCCAAUUUUCGAUCACUCGCUCGAGCAUUUCUACCGGUAACUGGUGAAUGACAAGCGUGAUGUUUUGCUCCAAGUGGUGAAUCGAUGCGGGAUUACCUCCACAGACUUUAGACUUUGCAUAUCCCCACAGAAAAAAGUCUAACGGUGUGCUAUCACACGAUCUUGGUGGCCCAUCAUCCGGCCCAAAACGUGAAAUUAUCUGCUCACCGAAGUGUUCACUCAAUAAAUCCAUUAAUUGAUGCGAUGUGUGGGAAGUGGCGCCGUCUUAUUGAAACUAAAUGUCACCGAGAUCACGAGCUUCAAUUUUAGGCAUCAAUUGGACAGUAAUCAUGGCGCGAUAAUUAAGAAAUAUGGACUGAUGAUUCAAGCGACCUACAAAACACAGUAAACCAUUGUUUUUUUUUUUUUCGAUAAAAUGACAGCUUUUGAAUCUCUUCAAGUUGUUCUUCGUCCCAAAUGCGGCCAUUUUGCUUGUUUACAUAUCGAUUGAGCCAGAAAUUGACCUCAUCGUUGACUCACUCGUGAUCUGUCAAAAAUGGCUAUUUAAAAAAGUAGCUCUACUUGGACCACCCGUUAUAUAAUGUUGCCAUAUAAUAAGAUAAUAUUUUCAUCGAGAAAAGGAAACGCUUUUAGUUAGAAAAAUAAUAUAUCGUAGUAAAAUCCUUUAAAUUUAGAAGUUUUUUAGUAUAUUAAUUUAUAUAAUUAUGGAAAGCAAAGCCGUUUGUUUUUCAUAGUAAUAAUUAGAAACUUCAACUACAUAUACAUAUACCAAAAUUUACAUAUAUAUAUGCUAUGUAAAACUAAACUCUGCACACUAGGGUUACAUUUCAGAAAUUUUUAGAUCCUAGGGUUACAUUUUAGAAAACCAGCUCAACAACAACAGUAAUUCAUUUACAAAAUAACAGUUAUAAAACUAUAAAUCAUAGACGGAAAAGAACAAACCAACCGACUCUGCUCUUUAAAUUUGAAUAUAAACAGCAAAUAUUUAUAUUUUUAUAUAUUUUUUUUACUAACUUAUAUACUUUUGUACAUGCCUGCAUGCAUAUGAAUCUGCUGAUUUGAACUAAAACAAAAUUUUAUCGAGAAGAAAUUGCUACAUUAAUAAUUAAACGUUAGAGAAACGACAAAACUACGAACAUAUCUCAAGCUAAGCUUGACUUCAAAAGUUUUAAAGCGCUUUAGGUGAGCUGCGAAUAAUAAAUUGAAAUAAUAACAAUAUUAAUGGCCAGAAAGGAGUAAAAUAUGGAAAAUUUGGUGUUGAAAAAAACACUUUUUAAAGAGCAUAAUAGAACAAUAAUGAUGAGACUAAUUCGUUUUUUUAAUUGACCACCUACAUACAUUGGGACAAAAAAGCACCCGAAAAUUGUGAUUGAUCUGUCAACCCUUUUUCUGAAGUCGGUACACCUCAAUAGUGCGUUGCGAUUUUUACCUUGGAUAAAAAUAUCGAACUAAGAAUUUGUCUAAAUUUUUUUAUUUCUAACCAAAUUUCGUCGUCAGAAUCAUUGCGAAUGUUGGAAAAGGCUUGCGGUGAUUCAGUUUUAUCAAAAACACAAGUCUACGAGUGGACGAGUGGUACAAAGCCUUCGAAGACGAUCGACGAACGAAAUCGUUAUAGACAUGUCUUGUACUGUACGACCUUCGACCUCUUCAACUGAUGAAAAUAUUAGAAAAGUGAAGGAUAUGGUGCUUGAAAAUCGUCAGCGAAGUAUUAAAGAGAAGGCAAGAGAGCUCGACAUCUCUCGAUAGUCCGUUCAAAUGAUUUUUGUGGAUAUUUUGGGUAUGAAACGCGUUCUUGCUCGACUCAUCGCGAUAAAGCUGAAUUUUUUUUCAAAAAGAGUACGAUUAUAACCGAAUUUAAAGCCAAAAAAUGCAAUGAAUGAAAUCGGUCAACCACCGUAUCCUCCAGAUUUGGCGCCGUGAGAUUUUUUCUUGUUCCCCAAGCUGAAAUUGCCGCUCCAUGAAACCGGUUUUCAGUCGAUCGAAGAGAUAAAACAAAAUUCGUUGAAGGAGCUAAAGGCCAUCCCGAGAACUGCUUAUGAAAAGUGUUUCCAGGACUAGAAAAAUCGUUGGCAUAGGUGUAUUAGAUCUAGUGGGGAUUACUUUGAAGGCAAAAAAAUACAUAUUGAUGAAAAAUUAAAUAUUUUGCUUCUUAUUUACAAUUUCCGGGUACUUUUUUGUCACAAUGUAUAAGAUUGAUGGAAUUUAAGCAAAGCUUUUCCAAUUCAGAAUUUCACUGGAAGGAAAAAGACCUGACCAUUUUUGUGGUGUCGGGUCUAAGAACCGGAUCUGUAAGGAUCUGUGCUGUCUAUUCAGUACCAUUCCUCAAAAUUACUUCAGGAGUGUUUUCUGUUACUACAACAAUUACAACAACAACCAGCAUAUACUUGCUUCAAUUUCAAAGCGAUCAUGAUAUUAAGCCUCGACCCACCGAAUGGCAGUUACAAAAUCGGCUACGUAUAUAAAAGCGAACAUAACCACAAUCUUGCGGUAAAAAUUUAAGCAGAAUAAUGCCUAGUUUUUUUUUGCUUUUAAUCGGAAUGUAACGACACGGAAAUAAUUUACACAAUCUAAAAAAAAUUUAAAAGCAUAGAUGCCAUGAAAAGGACAAAACACAAAUUCUAACCUAAAAAAUGUUGCUUUAGAUGGCAGUUUAACGUUUGUUUUCACACAUCAAAGUUAAUUAAUGAUUAAAAUCACAUUCCAUUACAUUUAUUGGCAGACUCAAGUUAUGUAUGUAUGUUUAUAAAGUUUAAUCUCAACGCUUGCAUGACGACUGGAAAUUUUACUUUAAAAUGUUUUUAUUCAAUAAGCAAAAAAAUUUUUUUUUAUCCAAUUUUUGAAGUUUUUACUAAGUUUAUGGCAUAAUGCUUUGCUGAGUUAUGCGUAUUUAUCAAAUUUUCUUUUUUAAUAAUUUUUUUUUAAUCAUAAUAAAAUUACUUAUAUUUUUUAUGCACACGAACAUUACACACACACAUACAAUACAUACAUACGAAUGUUGAAUUAAUUAACAACACACAUUAUAUUGCAUAGAAAACUGUUUGUUACUAAUAAUAAAGUGCUUACACAUUUUAUAUAAAAAAAAGAAUAUCGCAAACUAUUACUCUAGUGCAGCGGGCUUUGAACCAAUUUUAAACUAAUUUUUAGCGAAGACUUUAAAACUAUCAUAAAUGCAUGUUUAAUUGUUUAAGCAAAAAUAACCGUUUCAUAAACUAUAAAAAAUACACAUACAGUAUAUGAGAAAAGUAUGCAUACAAUGGAUAAAUGUUUGUGAACCUAACUGAUGCCUAGUAUAUACUAUAUACAUACAUACAUAGUUACACAAAUAUAGUAUAAUAUCAUGUAUAGACUAACUAACUGUGGUAGCGUUACAUAAAUAUAAUGAAAAUAUGCUAAAACUAACUGUAGAGUAUUGAAAAAAAAAUAGUAAAAAAUAAAUAGAAAUAAAAAUAUUGAUGCAAAUGUGUUAUAGCAAAUAUAUAAAAUAUGCAAAAUAUACUAACAAGCGUUAAAGAAACGAUUAAUUAUAGUAUUAGCAAACAAAAGUAAAAAACAAAAAAAAAUUAUAAUAAAAAUUUGAAAUAAAUUA